CCAAACCCCCUUUUUUUUAACCAGAAAAAGAAUAUAAAAUGAAAAAUAAAAGACCCAACUCCUUUCACUUUUCUCCCUCAGCAGAGACAAUGAAGAGAGUAGGAGUUGAUGCUGUUGUUGAGAGCUCUCUCAAAGGGUCUCCUUCCUCUCCUCUUGAAAAUCUUGACUAUGCUUUACAAUCUUGUGACGAUCAUAUAAGAGUUAUUAGGAGGCGACUUGAUCAUAAAUUGUCUCCUGAGUUAACCUUGAAAUCUCCCAUGGUUAGGCCUUAUGUUCGAUCAAAAUUGCCUCGGCUUCGAUGGACACCUGAUCUUCACCAAUGCUUUGUUCAUGCAGUCGAAAGGCUUGGUGGAGAAGAUCGAGCUACUCCAAAGAUGGUUUUGCAGAUAAUGAAUGUGAAGGGCCUCACCAUAUCUCACGUAAAGAGCCAUCUUCAGAUGUAUCGUAGCAUGAAGCACGAGCAAAUGAUACAAGAAGCGGCUAUGGCAGCUAAAAAGAAGAAUGAUAAAGCACUUGGAAUUCACCAGCCAAACUUUUUCUCACACCUGAAUUCAAUGCGUUGCCAUCAGUUUAAAACCGAAGACGAUAGCAAUAAUGCACUGCUCAAUCAAGGCUGUAGAGCUGAUAACCCUAUUUACAAGCUGGCUUCUGAAAAUACUAGCAUGUCAACUCAAAGGAUAGAAAAGCAAGAGAUUUGGAAUAUUGGAAAAAAAGUGAGUGAUGAGUCAUUCUCACAUGAAGAAGUAACGAGUCAGGAAUGGGAGCAGAAGCCUGAUCCGUCUAUCAUCUUCAAGGAUCUACUAAAAAGCAGCAGCACAGCCCAAGAGACCCACGAGCAAGAAAAGGUGUGGAGGGUAGAUGGUGUUGGUAGGAAUAGAAAUGAUAAGAGUUUAGUAGAAGGUGACAAAGUUUCUUUAUCACUAAAAUCCAAAGCUUCUUCGGAGUGGUCAUUACUGAAGCUGAGGAAAGCUGAUAGUAUUUAUUUGAAUGAUGUUUCUCUCGAGCUUACUCUUGGUUAGCAAACUAUAUUAUAUAUAUAAAUAUAUGAAUUUGGAGACAGUUCGGACUUUUUGUGAAAGAAUAUAUCUUGGCUUUGAUCAUUUUGUUA